GCACUUCCAACGGCCGGUUAAGGAAGGGGGGGAAACAAAAUGGCGUCGUCCGUGGCCUUCCAGCAGCUGCGAGACCUGAUCGAGACGCAGGAGGCUCUGCUGGAGAGGCUGAGGCGACAGAUAGCAAUGCAGAAAGAGAACUCUGUAAGCAAGGUGGAAUAUGAGGCUAUUAUAAGGAAACUGCAGAAGGAAGAGGAAGAACAUGCAAAGACGAAGAGUAAUCUAGCUAUGGAAUCCGAACAGCUGGAAUUCGCCCUUGGGGAGAUUGAUGUUCUGUCAAAGCAACUUGAGAGGGAGAAGCAAGCUUUUGACACUGCACUUUCUCGGGUAAAAAGCAAAGUGCGGAAGGAAUCGAUCCAAAAAGACAAGCUGUUGAGCAAAUGCGCUGAAAUUGAGACCCAUAUUCAAAAACAGGAAGAUGUUCUGAACUACAAAGAAAAUGAGAUCAGGGAGCUGCAGAACUUCAUCAACAACCAGAAGCAAACAUUAAAGAAACAAGCAUCCGAAUUCAAGAUACAAAAACAACAGGAAAGUUACAUAGCAAAAGUGCUUGGGAGAAAGAACAAGAAGGAUUUGAAAUAACCAUAGAAGCGUUCCCUUAAGUCACUUGAUUCUAAUCUUACUCUUAGAUGUGUUGAAAUAAAAAAUGAACUUCAAAGUUUUUCCACCAAGAAAUUACUCUGCUUGUAAUUUAAGUGAGAUAUUCGCCUCUGAAUGCCAACUUUCCCUACUUCAUUCUGUCCAGUGGGACCAAUGUUGGAUGUAUGAAUUACUGUACAUGUUUAGGUGGACAAAAACUACAGCAUUGGAUUCUGUAUAUUUAAGCAUAAGGCACCAUUUUUUUCACCUGGAUAUGAAAGGCAGUCAAGACCCCAAUGAUCUUUAAAGCAUCUGUGGGUUUUAAUGAAAUCACUACUACAUAGUGUAGUAAUUCAAUAACUAUGUAUUUAGGGUACUUUAAUUUGUUGUUCCUGGUGUGGGCGGGACUAUGAGGUUACCAUUGCAACCAUGUUCAUGUCUACUCAGAAGUAGGUCACACUGAGUUCAAAAGAUGCGAAGGUAAGUGAGUAAAGAAUUGCAGGAGCUCAUUUCUAAGCUAGCACAUGCCAUUCAAGGCUGUCUAUCAUUUUCCUACUUUAGCUGU